AUGAUGAUACCAUUUUCAACAGUGUUGGUGAUCAUCUUCACCAUCAUAGUCUCUCCCACCAUAGCCAUUGUUGUGGCUCAGAGCUUGAAGAGCUACAGGAAGAAGAGGAACCCCAAGUUCCCACGUGGACCCAUGGGGUGGCCCCUCGUUGGCUCCACCUUCUCCUUCUUCAAGCCCCAUCACUCCUCCUCCAUUGGUCACUUCAUGGAGCAGAACCUCUCAAGAUGGUGGUGGUAUCGGCGGCUGUUCAGGAACAGUCUGCCGGCGCACUUCCCGAAGCUGGUCGGGAACUCCUCGCUGGUGCUGCUGAUGGGCGAUGCCUACCGGCACAAGAAGGCCAUCCUCCUCGCCUUCUUCAACAAGUUCCGCCUGCAGGCCGGCUUCUUGCAUGACAUCGAGCGCCUCGCUGGAGGCCUCUUGGCCUCCUGGAGCGAGGGAGGGGUCACCUACAUGACAGAGAACGCAAACAAGUUUGCGUUCUACGUGAUAGUUAAAAAAGCUUUGGGAUUAACCCCAGAGGACCCCGAAACGGAGCAGCUAAGGAAGGAGUUCAUGGCACUCUACAAGGGACUAUAUGCACUUCCCAUUAAUCUUCCUGGAUAUACACAUUGGAAGGCUUUGAAGGCUAGGGCUAAGGUUGUGAAAACUAUCAAAAAGAAGUUGGAUGAGAGGAAGGCAAAAGGAAGUGGUGGUGAGGAAGAUGAUCUUCUUGGGCAUGUUAUCAAGGAGAGUACUUACACUCCGGAGAACAUUUGUGACACCAUACUAGGCUUCAUUUUCGGCGGCGUGGCCACAUCCUCAACUGCAUUGUGCUUAGCCGUUUAUUUCCUUCAAAAUUGUCCUAAAGCUCGCGAACAAAUGAGGGAAGAGCAUUUGGAAUGUAUGAAAUCAAAGGAGGAGAAUGGCAAGGGAAAAUUGACAUGGGAUGACUACAAGAACAUGGAGUUCACACAAAACGUGAUCAGUGAGACACUAAGGGUUGGAAAUGUUGCUCCGUAUGUCUGGAAGAAGGCUACGAAGGAUAUUGAGUUCAAAGGAUAUUUUAUUCCUGAGGGAACCACUGUGAUAACCUAUCUUGCUGCUGUACAUUUGGACUCCUCUGCGUUUGAGAACCCAGAGCAGUUCAAUCCAUGGAGAUUGAAUACAAAGGAUGUGAAGAAGGCAAACAACCUUCUCCCCUUCGGCGGCGGCGUCCGACAAUGCAUGGGCUCUGAGCUCGCGAGGGUCGAGCUCUCGAUAUUCCUUCACAACCUCAUCCUCAACUAUGACUGGGAAUCCGUCGAGCCCGACCACCCCGUCUCCAUUCCGCUGGUAUCCUUCCCCAAGGACUUGCCGAUUCGCGUUCGAGCAGUUGAUCAUAGCCUUUAGAUGAACGUACGAUAUGUGAUGCUAGCUAGCUAUCUAUCUGAUGGUUGUUGAUCUAACUAUUUCAGUUUUCUCCCGCAUGUCAUGCUCUACUUAAUAAAAUGAACUUCGUUCUUACUAAAA